CGCUCGUGGUUGUCCCCAGAUGUCGACGAGUGCGAGGUGGGCGUGUGUGAGGGCGUGUGUGUGAACACGAUGGGUAGCUACUCCUGCCGCUGCGAAGGUCGUCAGGGCCUGCGGUUAGCGGAGGACCAGCGUUCCUGCGAGGAGGUGCCGGUGUGUGUCCAGCUCUACGACUACAAACACUCUGAGAUGCUGUACCUGGGAGAACAAUUCACCGGAGGGCCUGUCAUAUACCUCCGCUUCAGACUACCGGAGAACACCAAGUUUGCUGCAGAGUUUGACUUCCGUACGUUUGACCCAGAAGGGGUGGUUCUGUAUGCAGAGUCUUCCCAGGACUCCUGGUUCAUGCUGGGGCUGAGGGGAGGACGGAUCGAGGUCCAGUUCAAGACCCAGCACUCCAUGAAGGUCACCAGCGGGGGCAAGGCCAUCAACAACGGACAGUGGCAUGUGAUCUCAGUAGAUGAACUAGAGUCCAGUAUCAGUGUUAAGAUCAGUAAGGAAGCUGUGAUGAGCAUCAACAGUCCUGAGAGUCUCUUACUCCCGCAGAACGACCAUAAAAACAACGAUUCCAUAACCGUAAAACAACCAUCAUACAACCAACCACCUGAUGACAUUGAUGUGACCCCUGUACAGAUCAACGCUCGUCUGGACGGGUGUAUCAGGGGCUGGAACCUGAUGAACCAGGGGGCGUCUGGGGUCAAAGAGGUUAUUCAGGAGAAGAAGAGUAAACACUGUUUCCUGCACGUAGAGAGAGGAACCUACUUCACUGGGGCAGGACUGGCUCACUUCAACGUAGACUACAGGGAGUCAGGGAGCUGGAGGGUGGAUCUGAAGAUGCGUAUCCGUCCGUCCAGCAGUACAGGAGUCCUCUUCGCUCUGGUCCUCAACGAUACCGUCCCCCUGUCUGUCGCCGUGGUUACGCAAGGACCUGACGAAGCUGACCUGCAGGUGUUCCUGGAUGGAGUGUCCGUGGCAACGCUGCAGUCGUUGAUGUUGUGUUACCCGGACCGUCUGUCUGUAGAACUGACUGUCACCCCCACUAGCCUGGAGAUCGUCGCCAACACCUCCACCUGGUCCUACAGCCUCCCUGACGGGGCGCUGGAUCGACUCAACAACACAAUGAUGACACACUCUGUCAGGACAUGUAUAGGAGGGCUUCCAGAUGAGGUCCCGGUCUCCGCCACCCCGGUGACAGCCUACUACCACGGCUGUAUGGACAUCAACGUCAACGCUCGACUGUUAGACUUCGACGAGGCGGACACUAAACACAACAGCAUUAAGUCCCACUCCUGCCCCCCUGUCUCGCCCCCCCAAGACACUCUCUGACGACCCCCCCCCACCACCACCACUCACCCUACAGGAAGUGACCUCACAGCCAGGUCGACCAAUCACCACACUUCUCUGUCCUGAGGCCCAAAUCUGUGUAUAUGAUCCUCUACCUAAUGAUUAGGA